UGCAAGAUUUGCAUAACACAAUGUUUCAUCACAUUUCACUUGCUCUACUGCUCACGCCUUCAAACUUCUAUGUGAAUUACCUUAUAGCUAACACAGUAUUGAAAUGAAAUGGUUACUGCCGUUGCCAGGUAGAGAAAAAGAACAUGAAUCUUUCUACUUCAUGGAGUUUCAUCAACAUUAGUGUGACCCAGCUGGAAAUUUCUGGUCACCUAUUUACUCUUUUACAAUUUGAACUUAUUUACUCUAGCAAACGGUGUCAAAACAGCUAAUGACUUCUUUCCAGAUUACCUUGAUAUAUUUGUCAACCAUCUUUCUUCAAGUCCCUGGCUGAUAUUUCGAUCACCAUGGUCCGGCUAUACUUUGGCAGAAGCACAAUUGCCAGUUUCCUUAUAAUUCAGCUUACAAUAGUUACUUUUUUCUUUUUGAAUCAAAAGAACAAUGUACCUUCACCUGAGAAAGUGCCAGAUAAAGCCCAUAUAUUGAUUCUUUCUACCUGGCGGUCAGGGUCUACCAUUGUUGGCCAGAUUUUCAGCCAGCAUCCAGACGUUUUCUACUUAAUGGAACCUGGCUGGCAUGUAUGGAUGAACAUGAGGAAAAGCAGAUAUAAUAUCUUGCAAGCAUCCAUUCGAGACUUAUUAAGAUCAAUUUUUCAGUGUGAUAUGUCUGCUUAUGACUUCUACUUGCCUGAUCCCAAAAAGAAGCAAUACUUAUUCAUGUGGAAAUUUAGUAGGGCCCUUUGUACUCCUCCUGCAUGUGAUGCAUUUCAGAGAACAGACAUCACGUCUGCUGAUCACUGCAGGACACUUUGUGCAAACACCAAUUUCAGUAAAGUGGAAGAGACCUGCAAAACUUACAGUCAUGUUGCUUUGAAGGAAGUUCGACUGUUCAGCUUUAAGACACUUCAUCCACUGCUUACUGACCCAAAGCUGAAUCUGAGGGUAAUCCAUCUCAUUCGAGAUCCCAGAGCUGUCUUUCACUCACGAGAGCAAGGCUGGGCAAGUUUAUUCGCAGACAAUGAUAUAAUGUGGAAUGCAUAUAAUUCCACAAAAUAUGAUAAAUAUAAAGUGUUUGAAGACAUUUGUAGAAGCCAGCUAAGGAUUUACAGAGAGGCAACCAAAGAAUUGUCUUCUUUUAGCAAUCGCUAUAUGAUGAUUCGCUUUGAAGACCUGGUCAGAGAUCCAAUUAAAAAAGUAAAAGAGAUGUACGAAUUUGUUAACUUGAAGAUGACACCACACCUUAUGGAAUGGAUUCUAAAAAUGACACGUGGAAAAGGAGUCGGUGAUAAAGAUCAGGCCUUUGACAUAACUUCUCGUAAUGCAGUGAAUGUGUCUCAAGCAUGGAGGUACAAACUUCCUUUCCAAACUGUAAAAGAUGUGCAAAACCUUUGUAAAGAACUAAUGUCUGUGAUGGGUUAUCAACAUGUCAAAUCAGAAAAUCAGCAAAGAGCUCUGAAGCAUGAUUUAACAUUAGGUAUAAAUGAUGCAGAUGAAAACCAAGAAACAAUCAAUUUCUGGUGGUAGCUAACCAUGUCUCAGGAAACAAUAAGACAUUAUAAUGUAAACUAAUGGAACUUUGAACAAUUACACUUUUUUAGCAAUUUAGUUUCACCAAAAUGUGAAGAGACCAUGCUUGUGAAUCUGUACAUUUUAACACAAUAAAAUUAACUACAAGAUGCUUCAUAGGA